AUGACCGAUCCAAAAGUUGUGCAAUUAAAGAGAACGAGAGACAAUUUCGAGAACCAUAUUGACUAUCUCAGAAGCAAAAAAAACAAGAAAAUCGCUCCAUCUCAACCAGGGCUUGAUGUAAGAGAGAAUGUAAUUAUUCCAAAUAUUAGAAAUACAUUGUUGGAGAAGGAUGGAAAUGUACAAGAAACUAUUGAAGAUUUUUCAUCUACAGCAGAUAGAGCAUUACCAAAUCAUGACAUCACCAUUCCACCCCUCUCACCAAGAUCUACACGGUUGCACGAAUUUGAUAAGGGUAUUAUGUCAUCUUCAAUCGAUUCUACAUCUCUUGCUUCCUCAAACGACCUUCAAGAAACUAUUGAAGAUAUCAAGAAUGCAAGACAAAUUAGACAUCUUUCAAUCCAAAAAACAGUUCAGAGACGCAACGAGAUGAUCAAGGAAAUUAGAGACCAAAAAGAGGAAAGAGCACAAGCUAUCAAAUUUCAAAAUAAUGUGUUGAGCAUGAUGGCAAAUUCUUUUCAAAAGCAACAAAUGUUCAAUAAUUUGAUUAUGAUGAAACUUUUUAACAUUAAUCCAUCUCAAGUAUGA